AACCCCUCCUCUAAACAAGGCGAAGAAGAAUAGCUCUCUCUCUCUCUUCGCUCUCUCUUUCUCACUGUUCUUCUGCAUCUUCAUUCUCUCAUUCUAAUCAACUACACUGCCAUUUCUCCGUUUUGGGUUAGCUUGGCAAGGAAAUCGUGAUUUUCUUGAGGUUGAAAUGGAUUCCUUUAGAGGUCAAGGAGGCAUUCAGAUGCUGCUAACUGCAGAGCAGGAAGCCCAACGCCUCGUCACUGACGCUAGAAACUUGAAGAUGGCAAGGUUGAAGCAAGCCAAAGAUGAAGCUGAGAGAGAUGUGGCACUUUACCGCUCAAAUUUGGAACAGGAGUUCCAAAAGAAAAUCCAUGAGACAAGCGGGAGCUCUGGCUCGACUGUAAAGCGGCUAGAAGAGGAAACUGAAGUUAAGAUCAAAAACUUGAAUGAUUCCACAUCUAGGGUCUCACCAGAUGUUGUCAACACGCUCAUCAAGUAUGUCGUGACAGUGAAAUAUUGAUGCGGAAAGAAGGAGCAAGCAGCCUGAGUUUUGAGAGAGUUGAACUGCAGGAUAUGAAGAAAUAUUUGCAUCCCAAAUAAUUGCUACCUUCUUUUGGAGCAAUGCUCUAUGAUUACCAAAUUUGUAGACUCUCACUCUUACUUUGAGGAUUGUCUAAUAAGUAUUUUGCUGCACAUAAUUUUAUUCUGGGACUUCUUUUGACAGCCUUUCUGAUGCCAAUAAAAAGCAUGUUCGAUUUUUUU